CUUAACAUGUCAUUUACGCCUCCGGGUUUUCCGGGUAAUGUCGACUGUCGACAAUGACCAGAGAUUAGGCGGUGAUAAUCUAAUUAAGUAGAUGUGUGUUUGUGCAAAAUAUUUUUAUUUUUUUUUUUAAUCUCUCGAACUUGGCCACGGGAGGGUCGAAAGAGAGGCUGCUGCUGCCAGUGCUGACAUGGCUCUGCGGAAGGUAAAGGGUAAUUUCGAGCGUAUGUUCGACAAGAAUCUCACGGACCUCGUCCGCGGGAUCAGGAACAACAAGGAGAACGAGGCAAAAUAUAUAGCUCAAUGUAUGGAGGAAAUAAAAUUAGAACUCAGACAAGAUAAUAUAGCAGUUAAAGCGAAUGCCGUUGCCAAACUUACAUACCUGCAAAUGCUUGGCUACGAUAUUAGCUGGGCAGGUUUUAACAUCAUUGAAGUCAUGUCUUCUUCCAAAUUUACAUUUAAGAGAAUUGGGUACUUAGCUGCUAGUCAAAGUUUUCAUAUGGAGUCUGAGUUGUUAAUGCUGACAACCAAUAUGAUUCGUAAGGACUUGAAUAGCUCCAAUCAGUACGAUGCUGGAUUAGCUUUAAGUGGAUUGUCAUGUUUUGUAAACCAAGACUUAGCUAGGGACUUAGUUAAUGAUAUAAUGACUUUAUUGACAUCAACAAAGCCUUAUUUAAGAAAAAAGGCAGUUUUAAUGAUGUACAAAGUGUUCCUUCGAUUUCCUGAGGCGCUAAGGCCAGCAUUUCCCAGACUGAAAGAAAGACUGGAAGAUCCUGACAGCGGUGUUCAAUCAGCUGCGGUUAAUGUUGUUUGUGAAUUAGCUAGGAAAAAUCCAAAAAAUUAUCUGAGUUUAGCGCCUGUAUUUUUUAAGUUGAUGACAACUUCCACAAACAAUUGGAUGCUCAUCAAAAUCAUCAAAUUGUUUGGCGCAUUGACACCUCUAGAACCUAGGCUUGGCAAGAAAUUGAUAGAACCGCUAACGAAUUUAAUACACAGCACUUCUGCUAUGUCAUUACUGUAUGAAUGCAUUAAUACAGUCAUAGCUGUAUUAAUAUCCAUAUCUUCGGGAAUGCCAAAUCACUCUGAUUCGAUUCAGCUGUGUGUACAAAAGUUAAGGAUACUCAUAGAAGAUUCAGACCAGAAUCUAAAGUACUUGGGGCUAUUGGCUAUGUCAAAAAUCCUUAAAACUCAUCCAAAAAGUGUGCAGGCGCACAAAGAUCUGAUAAUGCAGUGCUUAGACGACAAAGAUGAAAGUAUAAGGUUGCGAGCUCUAGAUUUAUUGUACGGCAUGGUUUCCAAGAAAAAUUUGAUGGAAAUUGUACGAAAAUUAAUGGUGCAUAUGGAAAAAGCUGAAGGUACAAUGUACAGAGAUGAACUGCUGUCCAAAAUCAUUCAGAUAUGCUCGCAAAACAAUUACCAAUUCAUUACCUACUUUGAAUGGUAUAUAUCUGUACUUGUUGACCUGACUCGCAUGGAAGGAACUAAGCACGGUAAGCUGAUAGCGAUGCAAUUGUUGGACGUGGCCAUACGCGUGCAAGCUAUUAGAAAACAUGCCACUCAACAGUGUGCGUUAUUACUCGAAAAUGCGGGUCUGCUUGCGGGUCAACCAAGAGCUACCAUGUCCGAGGUGCUAUAUGCCGCUGCGUGGAUUUGUGGUGAAUUUUCUAGUGAGUUGUACGAUCCACUGGUUACUUUAGAUUCGAUGCUCAAACCUCAAGCAUCAAGCUUGCCUGGUCACAUUCAAGCUGUAUAUGUUCACAACAUUUUAAAAUUAAUUAUCGCCAUUUUAAUGAAGGGUGAUGAGAUUAACGUAGCAAAGGAAGAAAUGGUUGAAUGGAAAGAAAAACUAGCAACGUUUAUUUGUAGUAGCGACUUGGAAGUACAGGAAAGAUCGAGUUCUGCUGUAGCUUUACUUGAGUGCUUGAUAGAAAACCCAAGCUUAGCCAGUGAAAUGUCGGAAGCUUUCGUUGGCGAAUUGAACCCAGUUGCCCCUAAAGCUCAAAGAAAGGUGCCAAUACCGGAAGAUUUGGAUCUCGAUUCUUGGAUCAAUGAUCCUCCUUCUGAAAGUUCGGAUUCCGAGGAUAUGGAUAUGAACGAAAUUUUUGUUAAAUCGGAAAAAUUCAACGACAAUCAUAGCAAGCGCCAGUCGUAUGAACCUAGCACUGAGGAAAUAGAACAGAAACGAGAAGCAAGAAAAUUAGAGCAGCAGAAUAAUCCGAACUAUUUGAAAAAUUCCUCAUCAUCGCAUAAGAAAAUUAAGUUUAACGAUAAGUCUGGGAAUGAUGACGAUUAUGAAAAUAUUCCUAUUGCCGAAUUAGAUAUUCCAGUGUCGUUAAAAGUAAACGAUUCCAACAAAUACUACGAUAUGCAUAGAAGCAGUGAAGGACGCAAAUAUCGUAACAAAACUAACAAGAAAAAGAAACAUAAGAAGAAUAAGAAGUGCAGUAGCUCGGAAGAUGAUGACGAAAAUGCUUAUCCAGAGCAAUAUGUAAAUAAAGGAGUCGGAGAAUUACCACCUGGAGCAGCGUUAAGCGACAGCGACGAUAAUGAUUCAAAGGAUAUCAACGAUCCUCACAGAGCACUCAAUAUCGAUCUUGAUAUACCUUUGCGAGAAGAUGAAAGGUUACCCGUCGUUCAACAUCGAACUCCAGAUACUCAUGCUAUUCGUAAUAGAACUGAUAAGACUGUCAACCUAGAAAAAGGCCAUAAAAAGCAAAAAAAGAAACAUAGCUCCAAAGAAAGUAAGGUAAAAACUGAAUCAAAAAAUAAUACAGAAGUUGACUUGUUAAAAGUUGAUGAUUUGGUGGAAGAUCGAGGUAAUCAAGAGGAAUUAGUCGUGAAACAAAAAAAUGUUGAAAGUAAAAAAACGAAACGUAAAAAAACUAAAAGUGUAAUGAAAGAAAAGAAAGAUCCAACUUACGAAAAAAUCGGUAAAAAAUCCAAAAAAAGCAAGAAAACUAAAGAUAACCAGGGUUACGAAGAAACUGCCGGAAUAUCGACGCCUUCUAAAGAAAUUUUGCCAAGUAGAGAACUCAAUUUUGGUAUCGAAAAUAAUAUUUCUAACCAACGGUCAACCUCUUACAAAGAGUUGGCUCAAGAUAAGACUAUUAAAUUACUUUAUGAAAUUCAAUCGCUAGAACACGACACGAGUAAGAUCGUUUUAUUAAUUUCAUUUGUUAACAAAACCGAGAAUGUUAUUAAGGAAAUGUUUUUUAACGUUAUGGACAAUUCAACUUUGAAAUUAGAGCGGAGGGUAGAAGACGAGUAUGGUAUAAAAAUGAAUUUCCAAUUACUUCCUUUGGGCUCUGGUGAGGUGUAUAUUUCCAUUUUGGUGUCAGAAGUGACAUUUACUCAAAAACUUCGUGGCUUACUGACAUAUAUGGUGCAAGGCCCUGACAAUACUAUCCAAGAGAAACUUGAUUUUACAUUACGUUUUCCUUGUAGUAAUUUUAUUGUAGGCCGAAUUUCACAUAAUGAUAUUUUAACGGAAUUGUUGAAAAGCGGUCAACUUUCGCAUAAAUUAAGAAAUGAAGUCACUAACUGUAAUGAUUUCAAUAGCGUGUUGAACGAUAUUUGUAAUCAAUGUCAUCUUACGCUUGUGGAACACAUUGAUGACUCGGCUUCUUUAUAUGGCCAAUCUUUAAAGGGUCACCACAUAUGUCUUUUAAUCAAACAAAACUCCACAACAAAUACGUUGGUUAUAGAAGGUAAAAGUGAUAACAACUUGCUGCUAUCGGAAAUUCUCAACGAAAUAGUAAAAAUGUUGACAUGAAGAUUUUAAGAAUAUAGAUUUUUGUGAUGGCUAUUAACACAUGAAGUCUCAACAUAAUUUUGAAAAAAAAUCAACACCUGGCAUGUUUAUACUGUAGACUAAAUUACUUUCCUAUUGACUUAUACCUAUAAAAUACAUAAACAUAUUCAUAAAUGAGCACAUGUGAACAUAAUAUGUGUUUAAUGUAAGAGAGAGCGUAAUGUACACAACGCUGUGUUAAAGUAUAAGUGACAAUACUUUACAAUUGAUCCUUUAUUUCAAAAAUUUUCAUUCCAUUGAGGUAAAUGUGGAUCGUUGAAUGCUGUGAAUAUAUUGUUUGUUACAUGAAGGGUUAUUGGCAAUCUAUGCACUUUUGCAAAAAAAGUUUUACAAAAAUGAAAUCACGUAUUACUAAGAGAUCAAAUGCUUAUAUAUAAACAAUUUAUAAAUUUAAAAUAAAAUAAAUUUUUAUGAAUAUAAAUUUUGUCGA